AUGGAAUCAAAUUUGCUUUUGGUUACUCAAUCCGGUAGCGUUGAUGCGUUAUAUUCUCUUAUUGAAGAGGAUCCAUGCAUUCUUCAGAAAGUCGACGAUUUACCGUUCAUCCACACACCUCUCCAUGAAGCUUCAUCUACCGGGAAGAUGGACUUGGCAAUGGAACUAAUGGUUUUAAAACCAUCUUUUGCCAAGAAACUAAACAAUAAUGGGUUUAGUCCGUUGCAUCUUGCUGUCAAGAACCAGCAAACUGAGUUAGCAUCAGAGCUAGUCAAGUUUGAUCCUAGUCUUGUUCGUAUUCGUGGAAGAGGAGGUAUGACAGCAUUGCAUAUUGUGGCAAAGAAAGGUGACGUGGAUCUUCUCACAGAGCUUCUCAGAGCAUGUCCUAAGAGCAUCAGAGAUGCGAAUGCAAAUGGAGAAACUGCUUUACACGUGGCAGUCAUUAACAAAAGAUAUGAAGAGCUCCAAGUCCUCACUGGGUGGAUGCAAAGAGGGCGCCAAAAAGAUGAUGGCUCCACUGAGAAACACGUCCUUAACAGAGGCGACCGUAAUGGCAACACGGCCUUGCACCUAGCGGCGCACGAGAAUGAUCACAAGGGAGUGAAACAGCUGUUGAAAUGCAUGUCUUUGAACCGAAACAUCAAGAACAAAGCUGGUAUGACAGCCCUAGAUGUCUUACAAGACAAUGGCUCUCACGUGAACAAAGCUACUGAGAAACUCAUAGAAAUAUCAGGAGGUAAGACUGGUGAAUCUCUAUCCGAAGUCGAGAAGAUGUCUGUCUUCUUGAUAAAACCGGUCACAUUCAGGGAAUAUUGCUCAACGGGCAUCGCACGAUACAGGAGCCAAACGUCAGACGGAACACGAGAAGCUCUUCUAGUGAUAACAGCUCUGAUCAUCACAGCUACUUAUCAGUCAGCGGCACAAGACAUACGUGAAGUGUCCGAUAUUAAAGGAGCCAUAUUAGAGUAUGUGUGUCAAUGGGGGUUCAACACUGCUGCAUUUCUCUUGUCUAUUGUCUUGACGUUUAUACUCUUGCCAGCUGGUAAAGCAUACACUUGGUGGUAUAUCUUCAUAGCGGGGCCUCUCGUAUGUUCUUAUUGGACUUUGAUCUACGUGAAGUAUCAACCCUUGCUAUUCUACUUCAUAUAUACCCCUGUUGCAAUGGGAUUACUCAUAUAUCUAAUCGUGUUCUACGUGAGGUGGAAGCGUAGCAGACAGGAGAAAGUACCGAAAACCAAGACCGAGCUGAUUUCUGAAAGAAACGAGACUAUGGUUUAA